UAAAGAUGUUAUUUUUACAUUUAAUCUUUGUAUUAGUCUACAUGCGUGAUUAAAGACGCAGUAUUCAAAAGACGUUACAAGAGGACGCCUUAGCUAUAGAAUCGCAAUGGCCUCCAGGACCGAAUUCGUCCUGCUAGUGGCACUGACAAUUUGGUCAUCGACCAAUGCUGACACGACGCCUCCCUUUCCCCUUCCGGGCGGGGAUAUCAUUUGCCCAGACGGCUAUGACGCAAUUGGUGGAAGUUGUUUGAUGUAUUCUAGGACGCCGAAAAAUUUCACAGACGCAUCAAAAGUCUGUGACCAAGAUGGCGGAACUCUUUUCUCCAUUACAAGCAUGGAUGAAGCUGAAUCUAUCACAAAUGAAAUGCUGAAUAAUCCAGAGAUUGGUCCCGUGUGGCUGGGGCUCGAGAAGGAUCCGUAUGAGCGCUGGAGCUGGUCAGAUGAUACGCCAUACCUCACUGCGCCUUUAAAUACAAGGGAUUGUGGGGCAAUAGACCCAGAAACUGGGUUCUUCAUCAGUGAAGAAUGUGACACAACAGCACCUUACAUUUGUGAAUGGGGAACAGAGUAUCGAUCUACUUGCUCUGAGAAUGGACCUCAUGGUUACUCCUCGUCUAACGACAAUCUUGAUAAUAGAGAACCGUCAGAUGAGGCCGCUUUGCAUGAUGAGACAUAUGCAUCUGACCUUCCUAGAACUGUUGAAGAUAUUGGUGGAGAAGCUGAAAGUGAUCGUCCAAAUGGGGAAAGUCCUGAAAGGGAUGAAGGUGGUGAGAGCAAAAGUCCCAAAUCUGGAGAUGCAAGUAACAAGAGCAAUGGAGGAAGCAGUGAGAGCAAAAGUUCCAAAUCUAGCGGUGAAAGCAACACAAGUAAUGGAAGUGGUGGAAGCAAA